CUAGUCUUGCUGUUGCACUGGCGUCCCUGGUCCUUUGAUAAAUUGCUCCUUCUGCGACAGUACUAUCAUUUUCAAUCGCCAACCUUGAGGAGAAGAGAGGUUGUUACGGUAAUUCUUUGUGCCCGUACUUGUGACCAUUGCUGUAAUUGCAGGUUCUGACGAUGGCCGACGCAGAUAACGUGAUGUCCGAUGCCCCCACCGAGGCCCCAGUUGCGGAGCAGACUGCGCCUGGAGAGCCCAUGGACAUCCUCACUGGUCUACAGAUGGUGUUGAAGAAGGCCUUGGCGCACGAUGGGCUUGCGAAGGGGCUUCACGAGAGCGCUAAGGCGAUCGAGAAGCACGCCGCUCAGUUGUGUGUGCUAGCAGAGGAUUGCAAUCAGCCUGACUACACCAAGCUCGUGCAGGCUCUGUGUCAAGAGCACAACGUCAACCUGAUUUCCGUUCCCUCUGCUAAGAAGCUCGGAGAGUGGGCUGGUCUCUGCAAAAUUGACUCCGAGGGGAAGGCCAGAAAGGUAGUAGGAUGCUCGUGUGUGGUUGUGAAGGACUACGGUGAGGAGACUGAGGGGCUUAACGUUGUGAGGGAAUAUAUUAAGAAUCGGUGAAAAUGCCUUUCUGGUUGUAUCUUGGUUGCGACUGCCAUCAAUCAACUAUUUUUUCAAAUCUAUCAGUCACCGCUCCUUUCUUGAGAGCGGCUCUUGCUUGA